CCGUUUUGUGAAACAGGUGGGGCUGUCGACACAGCAAGCAAGUCACCUGACUGCUGCGGCAGCAUCGAGCAGUGCCGAACAAGCUCUCUCUACUUCUGCUUCGUCGACCUCCGCAAUGACCAGUCAAAGCCAGGGGGUCCAGCAGCUGCUUGCCGCUGAGAAGAAAGCCUCGGACAGAGUCGCCGAAGCCCGAAAACGCAAGGCCAAGCGUUUGAAGCAGGCCAAGGAUGAAGCUGAGAUUGAGAUCAACAGGUUCAAGGCUGAAAAGGAGCAGCAGUUCAAGGAGUAUGAAGCCAGGCACAUGGGUUCUAAGGAGGACAUAGCCACCAAGAUUGAGGCUGAGACCCGCCAGAAGAUGAACGAGAUGAACCAGCUGGUGGCACAACACAAGAAGGCUGUCAUUGAGAAACUGCUGAGUUUGGUGUAUGAUAUCGACCCACAAGUGCACCGCAACUAUAGACCUCCUGCUGCCCAAUGAGGAGAGCGGCCUUCCUCUUUCAUGCGAAGGUUUUGCCAAAUUCCUGGCUCAAGCUUUCCUUCCUCACGGGGUCAGUUGUUGUGUAUGCAGUAAAUAAAACAUUUCUUGUCACUUCCUGUGAA